UGAGACAAAAUGUCUUCAUAUUGCAAUGAUGUUAUAGUAAAAAUGCAGAACACAUUUUCAUUGCCGAUUUCCGCAUGAUAAAAGUCACAUGACGGGUUUCCUGUUUUGUCAAAAAGUCGCCCCGGUUUUCCUCCGUCGAAUAACUUCAAUAUGGCGGACGCACAUGGUUCAAUAACAACAAAACAGUUUUAGGUCAUUUUGUUUGAUUUCCAUGCUCUGAUAAACUAUUUUCCAGUUUGUUCAAUCUUUUUCACAAUGGMAAAAGGAAAGGACARAAAUCCCUUUAAGUUCCAAGGUUUCACCGAGCGAAUUUCCAACAUAAAAAUCGAURUUGCUCAUCGUGUUGAAACAACUACAACAGAACCAGAAGAAACAGAGACCUUUUGCAAUGAAGCUUUAAACAAAUGGAGGGAGUUAAACUGUACUGUUCACUUCCAGAACUUUGUAAAAGAAGUAGAGCCCUUAGUACAGACACUAGCUCAGCUGGUUCACCACAAAGAAACAGUCAUGUYAGCUGUUGAGAAACAUCUUUUGGUGCAAGACACAUUAGCCCUGGAGCCUCUUAUUGAUAUCGUUAUACAACUUGCGCGUGAUUUGCAAUGCGAUUUUUAUCCCUAUUUUACCGAGUUUUUUAAUGCAUUUAUYGUGCUUUUGAGCCGAAAUGCUUUAAACAGUGAAGCACUGGAGCAAAUAUUCACAGGAAUUGGGUACUUGUUUAAAUUCUUGUGGAAAUACAUGAUCAAAGAUAUGGAAAAUGUAUUUAGGUUGUACUCACCACUCUUUAAUAAUGAACAGAAACCUCACAUCCGUCAGUUUGCUGCUGARAGUUUUGCAUUUCUUGUGAGGAAAGUCAAAGACCAUAGCCAGCUAUUGAAUAUGUUAUUUAUAUCAUUGGAUGGUGAUUCUGAUAUGAUUGAAGGACUUGGAUAUCUGUUCUUUGAAACGGUCAAAGGUGUUAGAAAACAAUUUCACUCACAGACUGACAAACUACUUAAACUAAUGCUCUCUAAACUUGGUCCUGGUAUUGGUGAAAAUAAUAAGAUAGCAGAUCUUCAAUUGCCUUGGGAACAAGUGAAAAACGUUUUGUCUUCUGAAUUGCCGUCARCUCCUCCUAUGGUCAAAAAAUAYRAAGAAGGAGCAGCAGAUAGUCUUGACCAACUGUUCACCAGUYUUUUWAGUGUUGCUGUCGGUCAAAGAGAAGAYAACAGGACAGAUCACAUUAACUUUCGUCACCUAAUGUGGCAGACUAUGGCAGAGUUUCCUGGAGUGGUUGAAUUAAAAUCACGUGAUCUUGUCCCUCUGCUGUUGAGAUUCAUGAGGAAUGAGUACGAACGCUCUGAUGAUAACAGCGCUCCCACCCAAGAUAUCCGAAAAAAGAACGGUGACGUAACAUAUGUUGCUGACCAAUCAGAUCACUCGGGGAUUAUCGAGGAUGACGAGGAAAACCCUUCUUCUCAAAACAUGACGUUGGGAGAUGAUGACGCAAUGGUCAUUGACCAAUCAAAUAUCUCCCAGGCGAAUGACGAAAUGAGUAACAGCCAAUCAAAUACAUCAGAGAACAAUAGCCAACUAAAUCGAUCUAAAGACUCUCAAGACCCGGUGCAUCCUGUCCGCCGGAAGGCAGCUACCAAGGCUCUUUGUGUCCACUUAAAUCUGUUCAGUUUAUUUCACAAUCCAAAGGCUCUUUCUAARGAAACGCAAGUGAGGGAAAUCUAUCUUACAAUGCUGGGUCACAGAGAUGCAGAAGUGCAGAAACURGCCGUGCAGUGUAYGCAAACGUACAAGUUCCCGUAUAUAKUCCCAUAUAAGGAGAAUUUGGCGCGUUUGUUGCAGGAUGAAAGCUUCAAAGAUGAACUUACUAAUUUGAUGAUGGAUGAAGGGGAGUCUGUUAUUGAUUCCGUUCAUCGAGAGGGCUUAAUGCCUAUUAUUGUAAGGMUUCUCUAUGGUAAAAUGCAGAGAUGGACUGGCGCUGGCUCAUCCGGGAAAGCUGGAGUGGGUGCUCGUCGAUCAACUGUGCUUCGUUUCCUUGGUAACUGCACCCAUGAGGAAUUAACAGUUUUUAUGGAUUUGAUUCUUGCGCCGUUCAAACACUUGUGCAUUGACCCUCAAGUCAUCCCAGUAACACGUGACUUAUCAUGCAUCGUUCCGAUCAAAAAGCAAUUGGGAUUCCUGAACAUGAUGCAGCAAAUCCUACUGAAGCUUGGUUCCCAUGUGGAUGGGUUUCUACCGUCUCUUCUACAGAUCUGUUUGUCUUUACUCUCCUCAUGCGCAUAUGCGUUAGAACAUCGUGAGCAGGUUCACCCUCCACACAUCGCACAGCUCAAACAAAUUCGACAGCUUGCCAUCAACCGUUUGAUUGACUUUUUUGAGGUCAAACCAGAGUAUGAYUUUUCAACAUUGAUUGACAUGCUAUUUGAUGCUGCUGUAUGGCCACAGAUUAAAACUCUACAACAAGAAAGCAUUCAAAGUCCCACCGCACUCUUAAAACUUCUGCACUGUUGGACUACAUACCCACAUUUAAUUCCUUUGUUGUCAAGACAACGUCCCAAUUGUCCYGACACGUCAAUAAUGGCUCACGUGUUAAAGUGUCUUUGUGCACCUAAUGUUGGGCCUUCUGUGGUUGCUAUGGUGAUGGAGAUGACUGACAACUUGCUUAAUACAGAAGGGAAUGGUGACGAGGUGGAACCGAUGGAACAAGAUUCUAGUUUGAUGGAUCAAGACUCUCUUCCACCGCUGGGUACUCGUCUGGUUCUCCCUCACAUCCACAUCAUAAUAWCCUAUCUUACAUCUACUGUCAAGUCAUUUAGCAAACCCAGUAACAAUAAACAAGGACCAAAGCGAACAAAGACAGCUCUUCCUAAACUUGAACUAGCAGUCUUAUCGAGAAUAAGUCUCUUCGUGAAGGACAAUGAAAACUCGACGUCACUUUUAAACCUUCUUAUUCCACUACUACGGCUUCGACAGAAAGAAGAAAUAGAGAAUUAUAUAUUGRAAACAAUCCAGAAUUUGUUAUCAAAUGUAGAUAAUCCAUUGGAUUUUAUUAAGCCGUUAGCGAGAUUAUUUUCGCAAUUCAACGCCCGUAGCUCAAGGCAGCUUCUUUGUGAGAUUUUUCAAGAAAUUGGAAGGUUAAAGUCUAGUUUUGAAAACAUUGCGAAAAUAGUCACACAGCUGAACUUGUGGGAUGAAAAGAAGAUUGACGAACCAGAUUAUGGCAAGAGAAUUGAUGGUUUCAUCACUGCUACUCAACUAAUUAAAAAUCAAACUGUUAUCAAUGAAGAGAAGGGUUCUCCACCAAGAAGAAAAGCUUGGACUUCUUCACCAAGUAUCAAAGCUCCCAAUUCUCCACCAGAUCUCAUUUCAAUUGACCAGAUCCUUCCAAUUCUCCAUAACUGCCUUUACUGCGUCCAUCGUAGCGAGGAUAUGGCUAUAAGAGAUGUUGCUGUUAGUUGUAUAAAUUCAAUAAUACAGAGAGUUGUCAGUAGAAACGACGAGGAAGAAUAUUCUGAGUUGAUUGUGAAUUGUAUUCUGCCGUCMUGUAAAAUGGCCUUGAAGGCGAAAAGUGAGUCGGCCCGCAGCGAGUUCCUUGGUAUUYUAUCYAUGCUGGUUCGCCAMUUUGACAAUGCAACAUUUAAAGACAUGCRUAUUCUARUMGAUAAAGACCCAGAAACUGACUUCUUUGAGAAUAUGAGACACAUUCAGAUUCAUCGACGAAUCAGAGCUCUCCAUCGUCUUGAGAAACUAUGCAGCAAKGACGUCUUCAAGCCCUCCACUCUCGUCUCAUUUCUGUUGCCACUAGCAACGGCGUACCUUAACGAAUACUCGGCCAACAAUAAAGACCAUAAUGUUACGACCCAGGCCAUUGCGACCAUCGGUGCCAUAUCGUCGUGUCUACCUUGGUCAAAGUAUUCUUACUUAUUAAGGACGUAUUUGAGAGCGAUGCAACGUGAAAAAGAAAAGCAAAAGCUUAUUGUCAGGGUCCUGGUCGCCGUUCUGAAUGGCUUUCAUUUUGACUUAAGUUCGUAUACAUUUACUGAAGAUGAAUUGCUACAAGAAAAGCCUGACGAUUCCAAAGCCAUUGUUGAAGAUGAUACACAGGAAGGCGAUAAUCUCAAGGAGGAUGAAGAGGARGAAGAAGAGGAUGAUGGGAAUGAGGAGACCCGUACAAAGGGCUCACGUGAUGCUAUGGAUAAGGUUUUGGCUGUGCGUAUAUAUGGAACCAUUACAAAGAARAUACUUCCUCAGUUAAGCAAGAGUCUUACUAAGAAGAGUCAAAGUUUUCAUAAGUUAGCGAACAUGAAGAAAGACGACGAAGAGGAAGCUUUGAGAGUUCCAAUUGUAUUAGCCAUGGUAAAACUCCUACAGUCUCUUCCAGAACAAACACUACACCUACACCUCCCAGGGCUGCUUCUUCGUGUCUGUGUUACUCUAAAAAGUCGCGCCCGAGACGUACGGGACACCGCGCGGGAUGUUCUUUGUCAAAUUGCAUUAUCCCUCGGGACAAAGUACUUCUCGUUUAUCGUGAAAGAAAUGAAGAGUACUUUAACACGAGGAUACCAGUUACACGUCCUUGGUUUUACUCUUCACUCUCUUUUGGAUAAAGUAUCUUCCUUACUCUCGCCUGGUGAUCUUGACCACUGCAUCCCUGAUAUCACACAGAUUCUCGUAGAGGAUCUCUUUGGUGAAGUUGCUACAGAGCGAGAGGUGGAGAAGCUCGCUAAUAAACUACACGAAGCCAAGUCAACUAAAAGCUUUGAUUCAUUUGAGAUACUGGCUAAAUAUGUUGGUUCUACGUCACUGUCACUAUUGGUUACACCUCUGCGAGAG